CUGGCAACACUAGUUACCAUGUGAAACUGCACAUGUUUUUGUUUGGAGAACGAUUCAAUUCAAUGAAUAAGCUUGUGUACAUAAUAACUUAACCCGUAAAUUCCAAAUUGCUUUACUUGUUAUUGUGAUUAAUUAUGUUAAAUGUAUUACGAACGAAUUCACCCUAUAUGCCUAGGUUAUCAACUUUACAGAAAUAACUCGAAGACGUUGUAACUAUCAUCAUUACAACUGAACUUUUAAUUAUUUUAAGAUGCAUCAACUCUAUGUAUUGUUCGAGCAUGCUUCCGGAUAUGCACUAUUCAGAACAAGAGAAUUUGAGGAAGUUGCUGUAUUUUUGCCACAAGUUCAAAACAGUAUCCUUGAUGUAAGCAAAUUUCGUGGUGUAGUAUAUUUUAUGGCUUUUCAGUCCUUUAGGAGUGGAUCACAAGCACUGGAAAAUGCCAAAAGCUUAAUGAAUGGAGUCCUUUCUUCUGAUCUUCAAUUAUUCUUGGAAAAUAAUGUUCCAAAAUCAAAGAAAUCCAAGCAACCAAUAGUUCUUGGUGUUCAGGAUCCCAAAUUAGCAACUGCUAUAUCUGAAACUUUGGGUAUUAAAUGCACAACUUCUAUUGCUGUACUCGAAAUAAGCAGAGGAAUUAGAUUCCAUUUUCAUAAAUUAGUGAAAGGUUUCAAAGAUCUUAGUGCUGUCCAGAGAUCUGAGUUAAGAUUAGGACAUGAAUAUUCUAGAUAUCAAGUUAAAUAUAGUUUUACUAAAUCUACUGAAUCAUUUAUAUCAACCAUGAGUUUAAAUGAUGCAUUGGAAAAGGAUAUUAAUACACUUGUGACAAGAUUGCGUAAAUGGUACUCUUUUCAUUUCCCCGAACUUUCAAAAAUUGUACCACAAAAUGUUUCAUUUGUAAAAUGUUGCAAAAUUAUCAAAAAUCGGAAAGAUAUGCGAGAAGAUAUAGAGGAACAGCUUCAGAAUGUGCUGAUGGAUUCUGAUAAAGUUCAGGAAAUUUUAGAUGCUGCACAUUGUUCUAUGGGUAUGGAAGUAGCUGCAUGUGAUAUUGAAAAUAUUGAAAAUCUGGCAGAUAGGAUACUUUCUCUCAUUAAGCGGCAUCAAGAUCUGGCAGAGUAUGUGAAAUUCAAAACUCGUAAAGUGGCUCCAAAUACUGCUUCGCUGAUGGGAGAGAAUAUAACUGCGCGUCUAAUUACUCAGGCUGGUAGUUUGACAAAUUUAGCGAAAAUGCCGGCUUCAACUGUUCAGAUUUUGGGAGCUGAUAAAGCUUUAUUCAGAGCUGUGAAGAGGAAAGGAAGCACUCUUAAAUAUGGCUUGAUUCAAGUAUCUCCCUUCAUUGGAAAAGCUGACAAAAUUAAUAAAGGCCGUUUAUCCACAUUCUUAGCUAACAAGUGCUCUCUAGCAGCACGAGCAGAUUGCUUUAGUGAAAUACCUCCUGAUGGAUUUGGAUGUGAACUAAAGAAACUAGUUGAAGAUCGCUUCAAUUUUUAUGAAAGAACUUCAUUUAAGGAUCUCAAAAUGAAUAAUAGUAGUAUUAAGAAAAAAGAAACAAAAUCCAAGCAAACGAGCAAAGAGAAGGAAAAUGCAUUAGAGGUUGAUGUUAUAGCUGAGCAAAAUUUAAUAGCAGAAAAUCAAUCAAAGAAUCAAACUCUAAAUUCUGAGGAUAUAGAUUUUGAAAAAGAGCAAACUGGUGAUAAUGCAAAAAAGAAAAGCAAGAUUGUAAAGAAGGGUUUUGCUGAGCAAAAUUUAACCGAAAAUUCACCAGAUGGUGAAAAUCUUACAGCAUCCAGAAUUUUGAAAAAGAGGAAAAUUGCAAAAAGUGAUUUAAAAUCAUCUCUGGAAGUGACCAAAUUGAAAAAGAAAAAAGUAAUUGCAAUAGAAGAGAAUGGAAUUAGCAAAAAGAAAAAGAAGAAACAGGCGGUUGUAGAAGAAAACACAGAGUAUCUGGAAGUGCCCAAAUUGAAAAAGAAAAAAGUAAUUACAAUAAAAGAGAAUGGAAUUAGCAAAAAGAAAAAGAAGAAACAGGCUGUUGUGGAAGAAAACACAGAGUAAAUGAAGUUAUAAAUUGUAAAAAGUUUCUUUUAGUGAUUAUAUUUUGAGAUGUAUAGAAAUAAAAUUUGUGAGUUAUCACAACAGAUUCAUGAUAUCUUAUAGUUUAUUUAUUUUGCAUAUAAUUGUACAGUUUGAAAUAAACUUUUACUUUUUUUUAAUAUA